AUGGCCGUGAAGCGCCGCAAGACCGGCUUUCUGGACCUCCCACCCGAGCUGCGAGUGAUGAUCUACGAAUACUACUUCGCCAAAGUCAGACUGAAAUACACCAUGGACGUACGACUCGAGCACUCUCGGUCCUUCGCUCCCCAGUGGAGACUCGACCAACGCCGCCGCUCCGCCCCGCGAACCCCCGCCCACAAGCAAGAGUCGUCCUUCGCAUCGAUGGUCUUCUACAAAGAACCCCUCUUACACUCAUGCCCGGCAGUGCACUACGAAGCAUUGCCACUCUAUGUGGCGCGCUUGGAGCAGAUCAAUCAAGAGGUCGAAGAAAAAUAUCAUAAAGCAGUUGAGCUUCUCGAACGGUUCGGCGCGGGGGAGGAAAUACCGCGCCGCAUGGGGUUCUGCAAGGCUGAGCUGGAUCGUGUUCGCUACGCUACCAUGCUAUUGCGCGAGGCUGCUGUGUGA